AUGUUUAAUAAAGAAAAACUAAAACUUCUCCCAACUGUCCCUGAAACCUCCGAACCUUCAGAACCUAACAGCACAGCAGACGUGCAGAGAAAUAAUUUAUUAUUACGUUUUACGCCCAAUGACACACUAACAAGCGGCAUAGUACCGACUUCAAGCCUAAAGAGUAAACUUGAAACAACUCUACAGAACGCAAAACAAUUAGCAGCUAUUUUAAAGUCUCAUAUAAUCACAGUUCAAGAGCGAGAAAAAACUCUUAAAGAAGCCAUAGUUAACGGGAAGUUAGGAGUGACGAUGUUGACGGUGUCCACACUUAAAGGUCAACCUCGGAUAUAUAUCAUACGCGAUGGAUUCUGGACUCUCUGUAAUGGAAUGAUACAGACCCCCACAUCGGUGCCAGAUAUGACCGCUACAAUUUUUAGUAACCUGUACUCUACGCCAAAGUGCAUUGGCCAAGAAGUAAGACUUUUGUUUCUUUAUAUAUAA